ACGGGAAAAGGGCAAAAAAAGGCAAACAGCAUCACAAAAACCCAGAAACCAAAACAGAAUAAACAAUCAAAACAAGUAAAGAUAAACAGGAAAUAGGCUCAGAGAAGCGGCAAGUCUUACAAUUGAGAUCGUCUGCAUAGAAUUGGAAAGAGAACACAGUGGAUGAAAUGAGCGACGCUGACGUUGAAGCUACAAAUAGCGAACCAUUACCAGAGCCAAACUUGGUGCCUGGCACAAGGAAGGAGCAACUAUUAGAGUCCGGUACGUCCAUUGAUUUCGCCUUCUUGAAAGACCAAGUGUUACCAAAGAUUGAUGAUGAGGAGGUACUACAUUACGGAGCUUACACCUGGGAGAUCAAUGACUAUAAGAAAUUGGUUGAGGAUAAAGUCCGAAGCCCUAUCUUCAAAGUUGGUGAUUGGGAAUUUGACAUAUUACUUUUCCCCAAGGGGAACGCAAAUAACAACAUUGCGCUAUACUUGGAACCGCAACCUGAGAAAAAGUUGAAUGAAUUGACCGGUGAAGAGGAACCUGUCGAUCCAGAUUGGUAUGUGUGCGCACAGUUCACCUUGGUGAUCUCGAAUCCACGAGAUGCAAAGAAUUGUAUUGUGAACACCUCACAACAAAGAUUUGGUAAAUACGCAACGGAUUGGGGGUUUUCCAAUUUCACAGAUUUGAGAGCGUUGUACAACUCUCGCAGGGAUUUGAAUGGGCCGCUACUGUACGAUGAUAAGCUUAACAUCACUGCGUUUGUUAAGAUCUUGAAAGAUACCACCGGUGUGCUAUGGCAUAACUUUCUUGAUUAUGAUUCAAAGAAGGAAACAGGGUUUGUAGGUUUCAAGAAUCAAGGUGCAACGUGCUAUUUGAACUCUUUGUUACAGUCAUACUUCUUUACAAAGAGCUUCAGAAAGGCAGUUUAUCAAAUUCCAACAGAAGGGGAGUCGCCAAAUGAUAGUGUCCCACUGGCAUUACAAAGAAUCAUGUAUCAGUUACAACGUUCAGAUGAGGCAGUCGAUACGCUAGAGCUGACCAAAUCAUUUGGAUGGGAUACUGGCGACGCAUUUACACAACAUGAUGUUCAGGAGUUGAACAGAAUCUUGAUGGAUAGACUCGAGGCAAGAAUGAAAGGUACAGAGGUGGAAAACGUGCUCAACAAGACUUUUGUCGGUAAAAUGAAGAGUUAUAUCAAGUGUAUCAACGUUGAUUACGAAUCUUCAAGAAUUGAAGACUUUUGGGAUAUCCAACUAAACGUGAAGAACUUGAAGAAUUUGGAGGAAUCUUUCCAAAAUUAUAUCGAAGUUGAAGUCAUGGAUGGUGAAAAUCAAUAUGCUGCUCAAGACUAUGGUUUACAAGAUGCAAAAAAGGGUGUGAUAUUCACAGAGUUCCCAAGGGUUUUACACCUUCAACUAAAAAGAUUUGAAUAUGAUUUCGACUAUGAUUCACUUGUGAAGAUUAACGACCGUCAUGAGUUUCCAGAAUCCAUCGAUUUGAGUCCAUAUUUGGAGAAAUCUGAUGGAACCUGUAUGUAUGACCUACAUGGUGUAUUAGUUCACUCUGGUGAUAUCUCCACAGGUCAUUAUUAUGCAAUGAUAAAACCUGGUAAGAAUGAUAACUGGUACAGAUUUGAUGAUGACAGGGUCUGGAGAGUUACGAAAAGAGAGGCACUUGAUGCAAACUUUGGUGUUGAUUCGUUGGAUCCAAAUACAUUGUCAAGAAUGACCAAGUCUCAAAUACAAAAUUACCAAAUUCGUCGUCAUACUAGUGCGUACAUGUUGGUGUAUAUCAAGAGAUCAGAAGUCGAUGACGUUUUGCAAGAAGUUACAGAUAAAGACGUUCCGGAUUAUAUUUCAACAAAGGUUGAUGAAGAACUUGAAGAACUUGCACGGAAACGCAAAGAACUGGAAGAGCUUCAUUUGUACAUCAACGUGAACAUUUACACUAACGAUCUAUUCAAGCGAUACGAAGGGUUCGACUUGGGAGCAAACUCGAGAUUCGUCCAGCCUGAUUUGUACACCGACAAUGAUUAUCCUUAUACGAUAAAAGCAUUGAAGACAAAAAAGUUUACAGAGUUGCUCCCUGAGAUUAGAGAAAAAUUUGGGUUCCAUCCUGAUAGAAUCAAUUUUUGGGCAAUGGCGUACAGACGUAACCAAACCUUGAGACCAGCUCAUCAGAUUCAGAUUGAUGAUCUUACAGUUGAGGAAUUGUUUCACGAGAAAUUUUCGAAAAAACACUCCUCGAUGAACAUAUGGAUUGAACAACCGGAGAUUGAACUUUUCACUACUCUUCCAGAGUCAUUGCGCCAACCAAUACAAGAUGUUGAAGUUGGUGAUGAUGAAAAUCUCAUUGAAUCCCAAAAGUUGUAUCUUUUUCUGAAAUAUUUCGAUGUUGCGAAGCAGUCAUUGACAGGUGUAACUCAUAUGAUUGUCAAUGAAGAUUCUACACUUGAAAGUAUUGUUCCAGCCGUGAAGGCGGCUCUAAAGAUUGCUGAAAAUGAACAGGUUUUGUUUUUCGAAGAGAUUAACCAAGGCUCAGUGGAAGAAAUUAAUUCAUCUUCGACAUUCUAUAAGUCUGAACUCGGAACUGGUGAUAUAUUGUGUGUGCAGAAAGCUGCACCUGAUAUUGACUUGAUGUCAGACGAUCCACCAGAUGUUUAUCCCUUCUACCGUACAGCUGAUCAGUUCUACACAUUUUUGGCAUACAGAAUUCAUGUGAAUAUUGCUGCAAUGAGGGCACCACCUGAAGAUGACUAUGUUGUUGUUGAUGAGAAUACAAAACAUGACGAUUUUGAUAUUUGGAUUUCCAAGCUAGCACCGUAUGAUGAGUUGGCAACCAGAAUUGGAAGAAAAAUCGGGAAAGAUCCAAAUCACUUGAGAAUAUUUGCUAAUUACAACGGCCAUAGAAUUCCACUACACUCACGUAUGUCAGUUGGUCAUGUUGUUCCUAAGGACCUUUCUCCUGAUAUGAUGCCGCUAUUUGAAUAUGAGAUUUUGAGUGUUGCACUAAAGCAGCUCGAAAAUAUGACAGCAGUAAAGGUUCAUUGGUUGGCUUCGGGGUACUGUCAUUACAGUGACUAUGAGUUCUUGAUCGAGAAAGAGGUCAAAGCUGAGGACUUGAUUGAUAAGCUACAGGCUAAAAUAGGAUUCCCAGAACAGGACAAAGCCAAUGUUUUGAUGUGGACCAACAUCGAUAACAGGUUUGGUCGUGUUAUCUUCCCUAACAAUUCAUUUGACGUUUUCGAAAGUGGUGACCUAUUAUUCGCUGCUAUCUUACCCGAUGAGAAGAGAGUAUUGGAGGAGAGAUACUUUAAUGAUGAUGGGGCUGAAUUAAUUGACGAUGAGGAUGAACAACCUCCAAGACUUGCUGCAGUCUUGCAGUUUUACAAACGACCAAGUAAUUUACAUGGAAUCUCCUUCAUGUUUGAGCUAUUGCCUGGUGAGCCUCUUUCUCAAACUAAGGAACGACUACAGAAGAAGAUGGGAUUAGGACAGAAGGAGUUCUCCAAGGCUCAACUGUGUCUAUGGGCAAUGUCUACAAGAGAUCCCGUAUACAUUAGCGACGAUAAUCUGAUUCUAUACGACGAGAUUGCUGACGAAGAGUAUUUAUGCAUUGAUUUACCGGAUCGUACAAGCCGUAUGGGCGGUCACCAAGGAGGUGGAAUCUCAAUCAGAUAAACUUGUUAUACAGUUAUACUACAUGCCAGGUUAAGAACAAAGAAAAAACACACACAUAUACCAGUAAACCAAUGAGCAAAUGGCACACAAAUGAUUUUUUUUUCCUUUCUUUGAGAUGUAAAUAUGGAAUAUAUCAUGUAGACGUAUGGGCAGUGAAUCAC